AUGUCGUUAUCUCGUGCUUAUCUGGGAAUGCAAUGUUUCUGGGGAGAAUCUGCAUUUGCCAAGUUGAAAGGCGUGAAGAAGACUCGAGUAGGCUAUGCUGGAGGUACUACCGUCAACCCGACUUACCGAAAUAUUGGUGAUCAUACAGAAGUGACCGAGGUUCAGUUUGAUCCUGCCGAGAUCUCCUAUCGCCAAGUACUCGACUUCUUUUGGUCUCAUCAUAACCCAGCUGAAAGACGAAAAAAGCAAUAUCAGUCAGCGAUUCUUUAUGAGACAGAAGAUGAAAAGAAAAUCGCCGAGUUGACGUAUUCUCAGGCCAAAGCCAAGUACGGUGAUAUAGAGACGUAUGUAGUCAAGUUGGAUAAGUUCUACCAAGCAGAGGACUACCACCAAAAAUACUGGCUUCGACAAAGGCAUGAUAUAUUCAAUGAACUCAAAUUAACUGAUGAUCAAGUCGCCAAUUCCGUCCUGGCUGCCAAGAUGAACGCCUAUUGCGCUGGAUACACAGAUUUCUCAGAGCUGGAAGAGCUCAAGAAACAGCAUGGACUAAGUGAUAGUCUUGUGGAACGGGUCAAACAAUUUGCCUCUUGUGGUGGUGAUCCCAGGAGUUGUCACUAA